CCAACGGCUUCUCUUUCCCCACCAGAAAGCGCGGUGUCACCCGACACGAUAUUCCUGAACGAUGAUGGCCACGGAAGGCGGCGCUCCUCGAUAGAUACUCUCAAAUCACUCCACGAGCGUGGCAUGCACACGUCUGCGACUCGACGCCUUCAAGAAUCGCCGCCAUCUCAAUGGAACUGGUUCCAAUGGUCGAACAAGGCGCAAACGGAUCAUCUGCUCUCGGAGGAGGAUCAACAAGUCUCUGACCAGGAAGAGCGGGAACAUAUCAAUAAGAAAUAUCGUACCCCUCACCACCCGCUCGUUUUCUGCCACGGCUUGCUAGGUUUUGACUCGGUAUCUAUUGGCCCAUCAAUAGCACCUAUGGAGGUGACGCAUUGGAGAGGAAUCAAAGAAGUUCUGGAGGCGAAUGGCUGCGAGGUUCUCAUAACCCGGGUACCCGCUACGAGCAGUCCUCAAGACAGAGCGAAAGUGCUCGAACAGCGGAUAUCUGAAAUUUACCCUGGCCGCAAGGUUCAUUUGAUAGGGCAUAGUAUGGGUGGCUUGGACUGCCGCUAUCUCACUACGCACUUGACGCACCGAAAAUUUGAGGUAGCCUCUAUCACUACGAUCGCCAGUCCCCACCGUGGCUCUUACUUUGCGGACCACUUCUUGUCCCUCGUGGGUACAAGCCGCCUGCCGAGUGUGUUGGGGCUGCUUGACAUGCUACCCAACGGAGGCGGUGACGGUAAAGCCUUCGAAUGCCUCACUGUCGCGAACAUGAAGAAAUUCAACGAAGAAACUCCCGAUGUUGAUGGUGUAAAAUACUUCAGCUGGGGAGCAACGUACACACCUGGUCUGAUAGACACCUGGAAGUACAGCCACGAUGUUGUUUAUGAGAAGGAAGGGCCCAACGACGGUCUCGUCUCCGUCGAAAGUUCGAAAUGGGGCACGUACCUGGGCACGCUCGAGAAUGUGAACCAUCUGGACCUCGUAGGAUGGACGAAUGUCGCGCGUUACCGUUGGGCUUCGAUUAUGGGACGUGAGAUCAAGUUCAAGCCAGCAACAUUCUACCUGGGCAUUGCGGACCAUCUGGCGACGGUCGUUGAAGAGCAACCUUCUGGAAGUUCAAGUGCCGGCGGCAACUACCAAGAAGGUCCUGCGCAUGCACGAGCUCGCAGAGUCGGCCUGGAACGGAGAAGGACGAGUGGCGAAGAACGCGCUGUGAUGGCGGAGAAUCUAGCCAGCAACCGAACACCGACCGCGAGUAGGGAGAAAAAAAGCAGCGGCUGUGAAGGGGAGCCAUUUGUUGAUGACUCUGCACGCUCGACGGGCGUCGCCACAGCGGGUCAUGCCACAGCGGUGGAUGAUACCGGGAUGGCCACCAGGCGACCAAGACGGUCGGACGAAAGACAAGACAGCGAUACGAUAUGACGGCAUCCCGCACUGUACAUUAUUCCAUACACUAGCAUAUCACCAGUCCCCAUAAUCAGGUGUCCGUAGAAUAUAUAUCAUAUCGGUC